AUUUGUUGCAUCAGUCCCAUUAUAUUUUUACGUCAGUCUUACGUCUGUUCAGCACUGCUUUCCGGCAGCGUUAGAGCUCUCGCGCGGCGUCUUUACAUGCUGGAUUAGGUUGACGUUUCUCAUUACUGCACUUAAAGAGAAAUGGACUCUCUGCAUGUUUCCCCCCACCCUGAUGACUUCCGGAGUUUGCUGGUCCUGAUUGCAGCUGAAUACUGUCCCAGUCCCCCACGUGUGUGUGCUAAGGAGGGUCCCACUAAUGUCGUCCACUCUCGCCCGGCGCUGGUGCUGGGAGGACCGGAGGGAACGACUCUGUACGGUGCCAGUGCAGUCAGUUGGUACCUGGCGUCCGCAGGCAAGAAGGUGGGCAGCGAUGCCAAGCAGCAGAGCCAGGUGUGGCAGUGGCUGAGCUUCACCGAUAACGAGCUGAUUCCUGUGGCCUGUGCCGUGACCUACCCUCUGUUAGGGGUGACGGGCAUCGACAAGAAGCUUCAGCAGAGUUCCCAUGGAGAGCUUCUGCAUGUUCUGAAGAUUCUAGAUCAGGCUUUAGAGCCUCGCACCUUCCUGGUUGGAGAGAGCGUGUCUCUGGCUGACAUGGCUGUCGUGACGGCUGUGUUGCUGCCUUUCAAAUAUGUGUUGGAACCUUCAGACAGGAAGUCGCUGGUGAAUGUGAGCAGAUGGUUUGAUACUUGUGUGAAUCAGCCUCAGUUCCUGAAGGUGUUGGGUAAAAUCUCGCUCUGUGAGAAGAUGGUGCCUGUGACGCCCAAACCUGCUCCUGUUUCCACUGACACUGCUGCAGUAAACACUGCUUCCAAUGGCACAGCUGCCAACGGUCCACCCAAGACAGAAGCCCAGCUGAAGAAAGAGGCCAAGAAGCGUGAGAAGAUGGAGAAGUUCCAGCAGAAGAAGGAGAUGGAGGAGAAGAAGAAGCAGAUGCAGUCUCAGUCUGAGAAAAAAGCCAAACCGGAAAAGAAGGAACUCGGUGUUAUCACGUACAACAUUCCCACUCCAGCUGGAGAGAAAAAAGAUGUUCUGAGCCCUCUGCCGGACUCGUACAGUCCUCAGUACGUGGAGGCAGCCUGGUACCCGUGGUGGGAAAAGCAGGGUUUCUUCAAGCCUGAAUACGGACGGAAGAGCAUCAGUGAGGUGAACCCACGUGGUAUUUUCAUGAUGUGUAUCCCUCCUCCUAAUGUGACCGGCUCUCUACAUUUGGGCCACGCCUUAACCAACUCCAUUCAGGACUGCCUGACCAGAUGGCACAGGAUGAGAGGUGAGACGACGCUGUGGAACCCAGGCUGUGAUCACGCUGGCAUUGCGACCCAGGUGGUGGUGGAGAAGAAGCUGAUGAGAGAGAGAGGGAUGAGCAGACACGAUCUCGGUCGUGAAAAGUUCAUCGAAGAGGUCUGGACAUGGAAAAAUGAAAAAGGAGAUCGUAUCUACCACCAGCUGAAGAAACUGGGCUCUUCCCUGGACUGGGACCGAGCAUGUUUCACCAUGGAUCCUAAACUGUCCUACGCUGUCCAGGAGUCUUUCAUUCGUAUGCAUGAGGAGGGAGUGAUCUACAGGAGCAAGAGACUGGUCAACUGGUCCUGCACCCUCAACUCUGCCAUCUCUGAUAUAGAGGUGGAUAAGAAGGAGCUGAUGGGCAGAACUCUGCUUCCUGUGCCAGGCUAUAAGGAGAAGGUGGAAUUUGGUGUGCUGGUGUCCUUCUCCUACAAGAUUGAGGGAUCAGAUGAGGAGGUGGUUGUAGCGACCACACGUAUCGAGACCAUGUUGGGCGAUACAGCUGUGGCUGUGCAUCCUAACGAUUCCAGAUAUCAGCACCUGAAAGGAAAAGUGGCAGUUCACCCGUUCUGUGACCGCAAGCUGCCCAUCGUGUUCGACGACUUUGUGGACAUGAGCUUUGGAACAGGUGCGGUGAAGAUCACACCUGCUCACGAUCACAACGACUACGAAGUGGGGGAGAGACACAAACUGCCCUUUAUCAACAUCCUGGAUGAGAACGGCUUCCUCAUCAAUGUUCCUCCUCCAUUCCUGGGCAUGAAGCGUUUCGAGGCGAGGAAAGCUGUGCUCCAGGCCCUGAAGGACAGAGGCCAGUUUAAGGAGAUCAAAGACAAUCCCAUGGUGGUGCCGGUGUGCAGCCGUUCUAAGGACAUCGUGGAGCCUCUGCUGAAGCCGCAGUGGUAUGUCGCCUGCACAGAAAUGGGGAAGCAGGCGGCCGACGCUGUCAGGAGCGGAGAGCUGAAGAUCAUCCCAGAGCACCACCUCAAAACCUGGUUUAACUGGAUGGAUAAUAUCAGGGAUUGGUGUAUCUCUCGUCAGCUCUGGUGGGGUCACAGGAUCCCGGCAUAUUUUGUCACGGUGAAUGAUCCCUCAAUGAAACCAGGAGAGGACGUUGACGGUCAUUACUGGGUCAGUGGCCGCUCAGAGGAAGAAGCCCGUACGAAAGCAGCAAAGCGCUUCAACGUCACUGAAGACAAAAUAUCCCUUCGCCAAGAUGAGGAUGUCUUGGAUACCUGGUUUUCUUCGGGAAUCUUUCCCCUCUCCAUCUUUGGAUGGCCGAAUGAUAACGAGGACCUGCGUGUAUUCUAUCCAGGCACUCUGCUGGAGACAGGCCAUGACAUCCUGUUCUUCUGGGUGGCUCGGAUGGUCAUGAUGGGACUCAAACUCACAGGCAAACUUCCCUUUAAAGAGGUGUAUCUGCACGCUGUGGUCAGGGAUGCUCACGGCAGGAAGAUGAGCAAGUCUCUGGGGAAUGUCAUCGAUCCUCUGGAUGUCAUCACUGGAAUCUCGUUGGAGGGUCUCCAUGCUCAGCUGAAGGACAGCAAUCUGGACCCAGUGGAGACUGAGAAGGCUAAACAGGGCCAGAAAUCCGAUUAUCCUAACGGAAUUCCCGAAUGUGGAACCGAUGCUCUGCGGUUUGCCUUGUGCGCCUACACCAGCCAAGGACGGGACAUUAACCUGGACGUGAACAGGAUCCUGGGCUACAGACAUUUCUGCAACAAGCUGUGGAAUGCUGUGAAGUUUGCCAUGAGGACGCUGGGGGAAGGCUUCGUCCCGUGGGAGAAAGCUCAGCUGUGCGGCACCGAGAGCGUGUCCGAUAGGUGGAUUCUGUCGCGCCUCAGUGCCGCCGUGUCCCUCUGUGGAAACGGAUUCCAGACCUACGAUUUCCCAGCAAUCACCACAUCCAUCUACAACUUCUGGCUCUAUGAACUGUGUGAUGUUUAUCUGGAAAGCGUGAAGCCCGUGUUGAGCAGAACAGACGCAGAAGGCCAGAGGCAGGCAGACAUUUGCAGGCAGACUCUCUACACCUGUCUGGAUGUGGGGCUCCGCCUCCUGUCUCCCAUCAUGCCCUUCGUCACCGAGGAGCUCUUCCAACGGUUGCCACGGAGGAGACCCCAGGACAGCCCACCCAGCAUCUCUGUCACCCCUUACCCAGAGAGCUCAGAGUUUUGCUGGCACAGCGAGGAGCUCGACCACCAGAUGGAGUUCGUGAUGAGCGUGGUCAGGACCAUUCGAUCACUCAGGGCCGACUACAACCUGACCAAAACCCGCGCAGACUGUUAUCUGCAGUGUAUAGAUUCUGCUACAGCGUCCAUGGUGGAGAAAUACACUCUGCAGAUCCAGACUCUAUCCUAUUCUCAGGCCAUCCACCUGGUCACUGGGAGCGAAAGCGCUGUCCCAGAGGGCUGUGCGGUGGCCAUCGCUUCAGAUAAAUGCACCGUCCAUCUCCUGCUGAAGGGCUUGAUUGAUGUCGAGAAGGAGGUGGCCAAACUGACCACGAAGAAAGGCGAGCUGGAGAAGCAAAUGGAGAAAUUGGAGGAGAAAAUGAAAAAGAGUGACUACAGAGAGAAAGUUCCAGCCAAGGUUCAGGAGCAGGAUGCUGAGAAGUUGAGACAGAGUCAAGCCGAGCUGCAGAAAGUGAGUGAAGCUGUAGAGAACUUCAGAAGGAUGAUGUAACGCAGAUUUCCACCUCUCCCUUUGUUGGAGGUUUAGACAUGGCUUGCUUGCACGCUGUAGCUGUGAAGGUGUGUUUCCUGCUGCUUAACUGCUGUCUUCAUGAAGAACCUUAAUUAAAUACUAAUAUUAGCGUA